AUGGACAAGCUGCCCCCCUCCAUGCGCAAGAGGCUCUACAGCCUGCCCCAGCAGAUAGGACCCAAGGCGUCGAUCAUGGACGAAGAGGAAGACAGCGACAAGGACACCCGGAGGAAAAGCAUCAGGCUCAAGCCGCUGCCUUCGCCCUCUGCUGGGAGCACCCGGGCGCUCGGGGGAGACCCCGGCAGAGGGGAAGACCCCGGCUUCGUAGAGACGGAGGCGGGCAGCAAAGGUGCCAAGACCAGCACCAACGGGGACUGCCGCCGCUUCAAAGGGAGCCUGUCCUCGCUGACCAGCAGGCACCUCCACGACGCGGCCGAGGAGAAGAGGCUGAUCGGCGGCGAAGGGGAGCCGGCCUCCCCCGGCGAGGACAAGAGCCCCUCCGGCAGCGGGGAGACGCAGGGACUGCCGGCACCCCCGCCGCCAGCUUCCCCCCCGGAGCCCCAGCAGCAGCCCCUCCGGGCUUGCUCCUCUACCUCUAUCAAAGUGGAAGGAGGUGGAGGGUGUGACCAGAUCACCCCAGAUGAGGAGCAGAGGCUGGGCCAAACCGGGUUCAUGCAGAGGCAGUUCGGGGCCAUGCUCCAGCCGGGGGUCAACAAAUUCUCCUUGAGGAUGUUUGGCAGCCAGAAGGCCGUGGAGAGGGAGCAGGAAAGGGUUAAGUCUGCUGGGUUCUGGAUCAUCCACCCCUACAGCGACUUCAGGUUUUAUUGGGAUUUGACCAUGCUGCUGCUGAUGGUAGGGAACCUGAUCAUCAUCCCUGUGGGCAUCACUUUCUUCAAGGAUGAAAACACCACCCCGUGGAUUGUCUUCAACGUGGUUUCGGACACGUUCUUCCUCAUCGACCUUGUCCUCAACUUCCGAACAGGCAUUGUGGUGGAGGACAACACAGAGAUCAUCCUAGACCCACAGAGGAUCAAGAUGAAGUACCUGAAGAGCUGGUUUGUGGUGGAUUUUAUCUCCUCCAUCCCCGUUGACUACAUCUUCCUGAUAGUUGAGACCCGCAUCGACUCGGAGGUGUACAAGACAGCCCGGGCACUGCGCAUUGUGCGCUUCACCAAGAUCCUCAGCCUCCUGAGGCUCCUGCGGCUCUCCCGGCUCAUCCGCUACAUUCAUCAGUGGGAGGAGAUCUUCCACAUGACCUACGAUCUGGCCAGUGCAGUUGUGCGGAUUGUGAACCUGAUUGGGAUGAUGCUGCUGCUGUGUCACUGGGAUGGCUGCCUCCAGUUCCUCGUGCCUAUGCUGCAGGACUUCCCUGAUGAUUGCUGGGUAUCCCUCAACCGCAUGGUGAAUGACUCCUGGGGGAAGCAGUAUUCCUAUGCGCUGUUCAAGGCAAUGAGUCACAUGCUCUGCAUUGGGUAUGGGCAGCAGGCACCCGUUGGCAUGUCUGAUGUAUGGCUCACUAUGCUGAGCAUGAUUGUCGGUGCCACCUGCUAUGCCAUGUUCAUCGGCCAUGCCACAGCCCUAAUCCAGUCUCUGGACUCCUCACGGCGUCAGUACCAGGAGAAGUACAAGCAAGUGGAGCAGUAUAUGUCCUUCCACAAGCUCCCUGCAGACAUGAGGCAGCGCAUCCAUGAUUACUAUGAGCACCGCUACCAGGGGAAGAUGUUUGAUGAAGAGAGCAUCCUGGGAGAGCUGAGCGAGCCCCUCCGAGAGGAAAUCAUAAACUUCAACUGCCGGAAGCUGGUUGCCUCCAUGCCACUCUUUGCCAACGCAGAUCCCAACUUUGUGACAUCCAUGUUGACCAAGCUGCGGUUUGAGGUAUUCCAGCCUGGGGAUUACAUCAUUCGGGAGGGCACCAUUGGCAAGAAGAUGUACUUCAUCCAGCACGGGGUGGUGAGUGUCCUCACCAAAGGCAACAAGGAGACCAAGCUGGCAGAUGGCUCCUACUUUGGAGAAAUCUGUCUGCUGACUCGCGGCCGGCGCACAGCCAGCGUGCGAGCGGACACCUACUGCCGGCUCUACUCCCUCUCAGUGGACAACUUCAAUGAGGUGCUGGAAGAGUAUCCCAUGAUGCGGCGAGCUUUUGAAACGGUGGCUCUCGACAGGCUGGACAGAAUUGGUAAGAAAAAUUCCAUUCUGCUGCAUAAAGUCCAGCAUGACCUCAAUUCGGGGGUUUUCAACUACCAAGAGAAUGAGAUCAUCCAGCAGAUCGUGCAGCAUGACAGGGAGAUGGCACACUGUGCUCACAACGUCCAGGCUGCCGCCGCAGCCGCCGCCGCCGCGUCCACUCCCACCCCCGUCAUUUGGACUCCGCUCAUCCAGGCCCCCCUGCAAGCCGCAGCCGCCACCACUUCCGUUGCUAUCGCCCUGACCCACCACCCGCGCCUCCCGACAGCCAUCUUCCGUCCCCCCGUGUCCGUCUUGGGUUCCUUGGGACAGCAGUCCAGCCAGACCCCAAGACAGCUGAAAAGGCUUCAGUCCCUGAUCCCGUCGACCGGGCCUUCCGCCGUUGGCUCUCCCUCAAGUACCCCGUCCCAGCUGCACACCCCGGGAGCAGAAACACCUUCGUCCUCUUCCUACCACAUCCAGCAGCUCGCUGGGUAUUCGGCCGCUGCCGGCUUGGGGCAGUUCCAGGUGGGAUCCCCUCCUGCGGGCUCUGGGCAGCAGGGACUGAGCGGUGCGUCCUCAGCGGGGCUGAGCCAGCUGCAGCGGGCGCCUUCUGGCUCACCCCUGGGGACGGCUCAGCCCCUGCAGCAGCAGCAGCUGCAGCGGCAGCCCUCCCUUUCCAGCGGCGGAUUUGGGCACUUCCAGCAGGCCGCAGCCAGCUCUCCAUCCACGUCGCUCACCCAGCUCUCAUCCAAUUCCCCCCCCAGCCUCCUCAACCAAUUCCAGCCCGCCACAAGACCGCUGCAGGGGGGACAGUUGCAGCAGCUCUCGGGCAGUGGAACUCUGGGGGGAAUUAAUCACUUCCAGCCCCCUCCUUCUUCCAACUCUCCAUCCUCCAGCCUAAGCCAGCUGGCACAGGCCUCCGGCGGGCCGUCCUCGGGCCUUUGCCAAACACAGCCAAGUGCAUUAGGAUCUUUAACUGGAACGAUAGCCCAGCUCCACCAAGAACGAUCCCCCUUUGCCUCUGCGUCUCCUCUACAGCAGCCUGGCGUCGCCUCUCCCUGUUACACCCCUUCUGGCCUUAGUCCUCCUACUCAGAGCCCAGUGGCAACGAGAACUUUUCAGUGCGGCCCGCUUGGGGCCUCGGGCUCUCACGGCUCUCUGCUCCUGCCUCAGACCGCCAGCCCACCUCCGCAGAUCCUGCAGUCCAAGAGCACGCCGCCCGUGCCGCCGGGACGCUUGAACCAGGACAUCAAGUUGAUUUCUGCUUCCCAGCCAUCCUUGCCCCAAGAGCUGGCUCAGACACUGAGCCAAAGUUCUCAUUCCUCUAGAGAAUCUGUUUCCAGCUUCUCUCCUUUUCCUGGAGGAGGGACUGGACUUCUCGGGAAGCCUUGUAGCUCAAUUCCUGGCCGUGUGACUUUACCACGUCAGAUGUCCUCAGGUUCUUUACCGCACCCGCUGGUGUUUGGGGCCGGCGCUGCAGGCACCGCUUCUCUGACUGCUGGUGGGCGGAAAGAGUCCAUAGUGCUCACAGGGGAUCUGGAGCCUGUCAGAUCCAAACUGCCCUCCAAUUUGUGA